CUUUAUAUAUUACUAAUAUAGUUUUGCUUUUUAUAUUUAUAAUAAAAACAAAAUAGGUAAUGAUGAAGGCACCUUGUUGUGAAAAAGUUGGGCUAAAGAGAGGAAAAUGGACAAUUGAAGAAGAUGAAUUAUUGGUGAAGUAUAUUCAAGCUAAUGGUGAAGGUUCAUGGAGGUCUCUUCCCAAAAAUGCUGGUUUAUUAAGAUGUGGAAAGAGUUGCAGAUUAAGAUGGACAAAUUAUUUGAGACCAAAUUUGAAGAGAGGCAAAUUUACUGCAGAAGAAGAUGAAACUAUUGUCAAAUUGCAUAGCACCUUGGGAAAUAGGUGGUCUUUGAUAGCCCAGGAUUUACCCGGCCGAACAGAUAACGAAAUAAAGAACUAUUGGAACUCCAAUUUACGUCGGAGACUUUACUCCUUCAGGAACUUCAAAGAACUUAUUAAGACCACUACAAAUGUACCAAAAAUCGCGGUUGAUGGCGAUUCUGAUGAAUCCUUGAGAAAACAAGAUACAAGUACAAUGUCGAAAGAGGGUUCAAUUGAAUCUCUUUUGCCAGAAGAUAAUAUUGUUGUUGAUAGAGGUUCCACUCGAAAAAACAGGUCAUUAUGUGUUGGAAGCAAUGAAGGGGCUACGUGGUCUGAAGGGGAUUCAACUGAAUCUCUUUUACCGGAAAAUUGUACAGUUGAUAUAGGUUCCAUGCAGAAACCCUACUCCUCGUGUCCUAGAGGCAAGGACGAUGUUCCUUGGUAUAGAGGGGGUUCAACUGAAUCUCUUUUGCUGGAAAAUAUAGAAAUAAACUUCGCGUGUGAAGAGAAUUCGAUUGGGUCCCUUUUGAUGGAAAAUUGUUCUUCUCCUGGAGGCAGGGAUGAUACGUCGUGGUCUGAAGAAGGGGGUUCAUUUAAAUCUCUUUUGUUGGAAAAUAUAGAAACCAACUUUUCAUGUCCCAAAGGCACAUGCAAUGCUACGUGGUCUGAAGGGGGUUCAGUUGAAUUUUUUUCGUUGGAAAAUUGUGUUGUUGAUCUAGGUUCUAAUCGAGAAAACAAACCCGUGUGGUCUGACAAAGGGGGUUCAAUUGAAUACCUGUUGACGGAAAAUUAUACUGUUGAUAUAGGUUUUAAUCGAGAAACCAAUUCCUCAUCAUGUCCCAGAGGCAACGCCGAAGCUAUGUGGUAUGAAGAAGGGAGUUCAAUUGAAUCCUCAUCGACAGAAAGUUAUAUCGUUGAUCUAGACUUUCUGACUCAGUCACCGACUCGUAAAACGGAAGAACUAGCCAUGCAACAACAUGAACAUCAUGCAAAAUCAAAGAUACAUGAGCCAAAUGAAGAAGGAGAAAACAAGAACAUCAAAGACCUUAUUCAUGAUUCACCUAAACAACAAUUGUGUCAAGGGAUAUGGUCCAUUGGGGAACAAGAACAACCAAUACAAGGACCACAUGAGCAAAAUGAAGAAAAUGAAAUUGUACUUCAACAAAAACAUAAUGAUUGUUUGCAUAAUUUUGAUAAUAAUAAUUGGUCUAAUAUAAAUUUUGAUUAUUUCUUAGAAGAAGAAUAUGGAAUUUGGAACCAUUGAAGAGUGUUCAUCUAGGGAACAUGGCAUGUUAUUAUGUCUAUGGAAUAAUAAAUAAAACACUAGUACAUUCUACUUA